CUCUGAACCUAUAUAAAGGCACCGAGAUUAAACACCAAGAUAUUUGAUUUUGUGAAUUUAAAACGGGAACAUGAUUAGCGCAAAAAUUGGAUUAAUUUUAUUUUUCAGUGCGCUUGCGUUAUGUGAACCCGCAUUUGUGGAUACACUACCAAAAUGCAGCAUCAAGGACUUCGAAUGCCUAAGGGGUCUCUACCAAGAUAUGAUGACAAGAAGUGCGGAUGGUAUACCAGAAAUUGGCAUGGCUCCUACAGAUCCCUUUAUAUUGAAGAAUGAAACUGUAUCAGUUCUAGAUAUGGUUCACAUUACAAUGGUCGAUGGCGUUGCAAAGGGCGUUAAGAACUGUAUAAUUAAUAAAAUCAGGCCUGACUUAGAUACCAAAAACUUCACAAUGGAUUUUACGUGUGACUGGGUAAUCAAGGGUAAAUACAAAGUGACAUCUGAACCUGCAGCCAAGGCAUGGCUCGGCGGAGAAGUGAAAGGAGAAGGUUAUGGCAAAGUUGAAAUCGAGAAGUUACGCAUUAAAGCCGGGUUUGAGUUCUUCGUGAGAAAGGAUAAUGGUGAAGUGUAUCUUGACUACAGUUACCAUGGUAUGAAGUUUGCGUACCAAUUCGGCGGCAUUCGACUCCACACACAGAACGAUUUCUUGUAUAUUGGCGAUCAAGAACUAAGUAAAUCAGUAAUAAGCAUUUUCAAUGACAAUUGGAAAUUCUUCAUAUCGACAUUUGGACGUCCGUUCGUCCUGAAGGGGAUGGAUUUCUUCUUCAACUUCACUCACAUAUUCUACGACAACGUUCCUGCUAAGCACUUCAUCAUCGAAGAUUUGUCGUCUUACCUUUAAGAAUAGAUAUUCUACAAGUUUUUAGUGCACCGUUGGCACUGACGGAAAAUUGCACUGAUAUUAACUCGGAAUAAUGAGUUGAAUCAUCCCUUUAGUACUCGGUGCGGUGCCAUUAACACCUUGAAUAAUAAAGUUAGGUUCGUUUGUUAGGUAUACCUAAUGACACUCGUAAAUAAGGGCGUACUCAUAAUAAAUGUGCGAAUAAUAGGCGAACAUCAGCGCGUUUAUGUAAUUAAUCAAAUCAAGGUUGAUUGAGAUGAAAAGAGAUUUGACGUCGAGAUCGAAAUGACGCGCGAUAUAUAUGUAUAUCGCGAUUACGGAAUUGUACCGAAGAAUUUAUUAUUAUAAAUGCUAUGAAGAAAUUUCAUAGAUUUAGGAAUUCCGCAACGCCAGCCGUCGUUCUAUACAGAGUGUUAGUGACAACGUAACGAAAACUUUGAGGGGGGUGAUUCAGCUCAUUAUUCUGAGUUAAUACUUAUCAAGUAGAAUUUUCCAUUUCAAAAGUAAAAAAAAAUAAAAUAAAAAAAAAACAAAAUGACGUGAAUUUUUCGAUGGAAAUGUCCACUUGAUAUUAAAUCAGAAUCAUGUGCGAAAUCAUUCCCCUCAAUAUUAGUUACGAUGUCAUUAACACCCUGUAUUGAUAAACUGGGCAAAUUAUAUUUUCGAUUUAGACUUCCUUUAGGCAGUUGUAAUAGGCAGGUAGUGCCUAAUUAUUAUAGAGUUUAAAAAAAUCCAAAAACGACAUAUUAAUUGAAGUUAUAUAAUAUUUUUAUUAUUACUUACUUUACUUAAAAUUUGUACCUUUUAGACACCAUAAGUUUUGUAAAUGUACAAAUAUUACAUGGUGUGGUUUUGGGUAA